AUGACUACAGUAGCUCCCGUGAAGCCAAACCCGGACCGAUCCUCGUCAGCUCAAGACUAUGGAGCCCAGUCUCCACCUCGCGAAGCCUUGGUGAGACAAGCUUCUCUUUUUGUCGAGCGGCAGUGUGGAGCAGAAGCUGGCGCAAAGUACUGGUACACCACGGCCAACAUGGUGGUUUCGACUAGUUCCGAGUGGCCGCAGAAGGUCGCAUCACGUUUAUUCACGGGAUAUGCAGAUGCUCGGCUUCGGGCUGUUGGUGCUAACGAUUCGCAUGCAGCUUAG